AUGCCUCGCUCAGGCGGAUCUUUCGGGAAGGCGUCCUACCUUGCCGGUGAGGGGGGCCUCUUGGACACGUGCCGCGCCGGCAGUCAGCGUCGUGGCGGCCAUUUUCUGCGAUGCUCUCGCGCGUGGGCGCCGAGAAGGCUCGCUUCGCUGCUCCAGCUUUCUGUAGCCGCCUUAAUUCUCAGCACAUGCGUAUUCGAUCGUGUCCCGGUCGUAGCAGUCGGAGGAAAAGCCGCCACGCGGGUGUCCGUGCACACGGCCGCGGCACACCCUACAGAGAGCCCAGACAAGGAAUUCGAGCGCGAGUUCAAUGGGCUUAUCUCCAGCGAUCAGCAUCCCGACCGUCGACAGCCUCACAAGGCUGAGUUCAAGCGGGGGAAGGGAGUGUCUGUGGAACGCGCGGAGCAACUCUGUGCAAAGGCUCCAGAUGCGGCGGCAUGCAUCGCGCAGCAGACCAAAGAACCGGUGCUUCCGACGACCACCCGCCGCAGAGCAGCUCUGAUCGGAGUCCUCGCUCAAGGGCCUGUUUUGCCUUUCGUUAAGGGCACGUAUCGGCAUUUGUUACGCGACGAAGAGCUGCUGCCUGAGGACGGCGGCCCUUCGUAUGUCAGCGCCUCCUACGUCAAGUUCAUCGGAGCUAGUGGAAGCAAAGCUGUGCCCGUGCCUGCGUUCGCGUCGGAUGCGGAGUACCGGGAACUGUUUGAAGCACUCGACGGUCUUAUUCUUCCUGGAGGAGAGGCUGCCAUCAACGAACCGAGCGCAGCUUACUACCGAGCAGCCCGUCUCUUUCUCGACUGGGCAAAAGAGGCGAACGACUCGGGGCGCUACUUUCCUGUUUUCGGCAUUUGCCUGGGCUUUGAGGCCAUGCUCAUCUGGGGCAGUGGCGGCCGCUUCGACUACUUUACUACCGACGACUACCGAAACCUGGAUCGCAGUCGGCGCCUGACGCUUCUUCCUGGCGCCUUAGAGGCUCGCUUCUUCGGCGGCCGGGGGUUUUCUUCUUCCGAGGCGGGCGACUUCGACUCCUCGUCUGACGGUCGCUUAUCUGGCGAUCGCGACGCGCGGCCGAGUCCGCCAGGCGCCUCCGCUGCUCUCCCGCACGCGAGAUCCGCAGAAGAAGAUGUGUCUCCGGGGCUCCUGGGGGACAUCGAGGCGCCGGCUGCUGCUGGCAACGACCUGGGGGAGCUAGACGACACACCAGGCCGCGGAUCUGCUCAGGAGGCGCUCGAGGUUCAAGAGCCCGCGCCUGGUCGCAGGCUGCUUCUCCUGCAGAGGGGGGCGAGUCUAGGCGUGCCGCCCGGUACGCGAAGCGGAGGCGACGGCGGAACGGGAAUGGCGUCGGCUCGCGUAACCUUGGUGCAGCCUCUGCUUGACGGAAGGAAACGGUCUGUCGCUGCGGUCUCCUUCUCUGCGGCCGUCUCUCCGUCCGCAGCACCCGUGCCGCGACGCGCGCGGACUUCUCAAGAAGGGGGGAAGCCACGCCGAUCGCCUGCCGAAGACCUGCGGGAUUCGGGCGCGUCGCCGGAGAGCCAGACAGCGCGGACGCACAGACACGAGACGGAGGACGCGAACUCGACAGGUAGCCCCUUUUUCGUCCUCAGUCGUGAGCGGGAAGCGGACGUGAAGGAGGUUGACGAUCUGCAGAUCGACGACCUGGACGGUGCGGGUGCGGCGGGGUCGGCGGACGACGAUCUGCACCUCGUCACAGAAGAACCAACUGGCGUGUCGCCAAGCCUGGAAGGAGCCGAAGACCUAUUUGAGGGAGGUGGAGACGCGCUGCAGAAUGUCACGAGGGCCGAAGCGAUCGCUGCACUGCUCCAGGAACAGCCGUCGUCAUACUUCCAUCAUCACCGCCGGAUGACGCGUGUCGAGUUCGAAAGCGACCCGCACCUGACGAAGAACUUCCAACUGGUCGCCACCGCGCGUGUGGGAGACGGCUCAAAUCCAGACGGAAGCGACGAGAUUGUCGCCAUCGUGGAGGCCAAAGGAUAUCCUUUUUACGGCUUCCAGCACCACCCGGAGAAGCCUCUUUUCGAGCACUGCCCUGUGGCGCAGAUUCCGCACGACAUGGUGUCGCGGAUGAUCUCGCUGUACACUGCGGCGUUCGUUGGAAGCGAGGCGAACAAGUCGCCGCGCGCAGCGGAGCGAUUCGACAAGGAGUGGACCCGUCUGUUUGAGCGCCGCACGCCGUUCAGCACUUCGUCGCCAGACAAACCUUACGUUUUUGAGCAAGUAUACUUCUUCUCGGGCUCCGAGGCUGCACUCCGCAGUGGCGAGCGCAAGGAAGAGACACGCGGAAACCGCCUGCAGAGGCUGACGAGCUAG